UUUGUUUUUGCUUUACUCGCAAUGAGACAAAAAAAUCAAGGUAGGAACCAAUAUUAAUCCUUAAAAAAAUAUAAAUCAUCAAUAAUCAUUCUUAAACUAAUUUAGAAGAUUUAUAAGUGAUUUUUAUUUAUCGGACCCCAAUUACAAUGUUUCAAAUGGAAUCAGCCCCCACUAAUAUUAUAUCCCAAAAUUCUUGUUAAUGUGAAACCGGAAAAGAUUAUAACUUUAUCCCCAUAAAUUAAAAGAUAAUAUCCAUAAAUUGAUGUAUCCUUAAUUUUAGUAUAAACCUCAACUCCAAUUGAAGUGAUAGUCACCCAUCAUCAACAGAUGAAAGAGGCAUUUAACCAAUGAACCCUCCUAAAAUCUUCGUUAACCACGCCAAUAAUGAUCACCCACCUAAAUUAGACUAGCGAAUGAGACACGCAUCGAACUCUGCUUUGCUCUUGUUGUCCAGCUGCCAUUAUUGGCUUAACAGCUUUCCCCACCUCACCCCACCCUUCUGCUAAAAAUACUCCCUACAUGCCACCCUAUAUAUAAGUAUAUCAAAGUUGCUGUGUUCUUCACCAAAUCCAAGGGCGCCAAUCUCUCUCUCUCUCUCUCUCUCUCUCUCUCAGUCUCUUGCCUCUUCCAUCCCAAUUAAUCGAUUGAGCAUUUCUAUAGAUCAGAAGACGUUUGGGGAUUUUACCUUGGUGAACGGAAGCGUGGAACUGAGCGCACGCAUCUCUAAGCGACUGAGCCAAUCGUGUCCGUCCAAGUAGCUGAUGAUCCUCUGCCUCCAAUCUCAAAGCACGAGCGUCGCAGUUUGUCCGUCGUAAACACACCGGUGGCCGCUUGUCCACCCGGUGAUCUCAUCGCUUCUCCGUCCCUCUUCAUUUCCCUGAAAGAAAACACACCCUCGCAACCGCUUUGCCCGGAAAGGAGGGGAGGUUCACGAUGAAGAAGCCGAGCGGUGUCCGGCGACUUGUCCUCGGUGGCGAAGGUUUCAUGACGAGACCGUCUGACCUCCGCGUCCGCCUCGUUGCCCGGUGGGCGCUCCUCGCCGUUGCACUUCUCUGCGUCCCCUGCGUCCAGGCAGCCCUCCUCCCCGGGGCCGACGUAGGUGGGGCCGUCGACAGCGACGAUACCUUCUUACCGGCGCUCCUGCGGGAUCUGAGGCGCCGCGGCCUCCUUCGGCCCGAGGGCAACGUCGUCAUCUUCGAUGACAUGAUCGCCGGCGAUCGCAGCGCUACCUUGCCGGACAGCUCCACCGACUUCGUUUUCUCCUCCUCUGCCGUCGAUUUCCGUCGCAUUGAUCGGAUCCUGAAGGCCGGUGGCGUCGUGGCCGUUCGAUCAGGUUCCAAUCCGCCGGAUUCCUUCCUCCCGCCGGCGAACUACCGCACGGCCUACGUCGGGCGGAUCGGUUCCGAUGCGGUCGUAGCGAUGAGGAAGUCCUUCGCCAGCGGCGAGGGGGGAAUGAGGCUACGACGGCUACUGGCGGUGCCUGCAGCGAAGAAGAAAUCUCUGAGAGGACUGGAAAGCGCGAUGCUGGAGCCGCCGAUGCAGCGGGAGUGGGCGCGGAGGGCGAGGUACCUGCCUCAGCUAACGGGGGACGAGCUGGACGGGUACCCGCGGCGGGUGUUCGUAGAGGUGGCGGCAAAGGGGGACGCAGGCAGCGGCACGGCGUGGUUCGAGCGGAACUACCCCCGGAAGGGGCGCGCCUUCGAGGAGAUCCGGGUGGAGGUGGAGGAGGGAGACGACGAGGUAUCGGAGGCGAAGGAGGGUACAUCAUCAUCGCUGGCAGAGUGGCUGCAGAGGAACGUGCGGGAGGAGGAGUACGUGGUGGUAAAGGCGGAGGUGGGGGCGGUGGAGGAAGUGAUGGCGGAGGGAGCGAUCGGUCUGGUUGACGAGCUCUUCCUCGAGUGCGAUCACCAGUUGUGGGACGAGGACGAGAAGGAGAAGGGGGCGAGGAGGGGCCGGCGGCGGGCGUAUUGGGAGUGCCUCGUGCUCUACGGGAAGCUAAGGGACGCGGGCGUCGCGGUUCACCAGUGGUGGAGCUUCUGAAACAAUAGAACGACAGAUGCAGAGAUAAAAAAGAGAAUUAUUAUUUGAAAUAUAUUUUUGGGAAUAGAUAGAGGAAGGAUAGUUAAAAAUAAUAAUAAUGUAUCAUUAGCUGAAGUGAUAUGGUGACCUCAGAAACUGACAUUGCAAAACCUUGUAAUGACAUUGUACAUAUGUUGAUCAAAGAUGAUAUGUUUCACAUUGUUCAUUA